CGCAGAAAACAGAGAAAGUGUUGGACACAAUGGUGGUCUAUAAUUAACACACCUUCACACUUGCCGCUAUUGUCUAGAACUCUCUUUCUCUCACAAAGACACUCGUCUCAAAGGAUCUCUGAAACCUUAAAAACAAGUUGGAUCUGAGCUAUAUUUCUUAAAAGACUCUUCUCUUCACGACUAAAAAAUCAACACAGUCAUGUCGGUUUUACUUCCUCUGUGUCUGGUUCUCUCCAUGAUUACCUAUUCAAAUGCUGCGUAUUGUGUAUGCAAAGACGGGAACGAGCAAGUGCUUCAGAAAGCCAUAGACUACGCAUGUGGAGCAGGAGCUGACUGCUCUCAGAUCCAGCAGAACGGAGCUUGUUUCCAGCCUAACACCGUCAAAAACCACUGCGACGUCGCCGUCAACAGUUACUACCAGAAGAAAGCUUCCUCCGGUGCCACCUGUGACUUUAACGGCGCCGCCGUUAUCUCUAGCUCCCCUCCGUCAACUGCUUCAAGCUGUUUAACUGGUUCCAGCUCUAGUGGGACCCCGUCCACUGGGACUCCCACCACAGGAACCCCAAGCACUGGAACACCAACCACAGGAACCCCAAGCACUGGGACACCAACCACAGGAACCCCAAGCACUGGGACACCAACCACCGGGACCCCAAGCACUGGGACACCAACCACCGGGACUCCAACCAGUGGCUUCCCAUCCACCGGGACUCCUUCCACUGGGAUGCCAAAUUCCGGCACGCCAGCAAACGGAAUGCCAACUUCGUCUUCAUCUUCUGUGUUCCCUGGCACUACUCUUGGACCGACCGGGAGCGGCGGAUUCGGCGAUCCGAACGCUGGAGAGAAGAUCUCAGUCCGAACUAACACUGCCUUCUUCUUACUAACCGGUUUAGCUAUUAUGCUUGUGGUUUAAACGACAGUCACGGUUGGGCUGAGAUUUUGCCAACGGCUUAUGGGGUUGCGCAAAUCGGAUAGAGCUGCUAUAUCUGUUUUUUUUUCUUCGUUCACUUUUGUCUUUUGUAGGUUUCGAACUUGGGGUUUACUAUUAGGUUUGGCCGAGAGACAUCAUGCUGGGUUAGUAGCUAGCUAGUAAUAUUUCUUUUAUUUUGUAAAUUCGGAGGAUGAGAUGCCCUUUCGUUUCUUUGAAUCUUUUAUCUUUUAGUACGUACCA